AUGAGCUCGAAAGGUAGCAAGGAUCCAAUCCUUGCCAGCCACUCAUACGAUCCACAUUCAUUACCAGACUUUGAUACCGAAUUCCUCUUAGAUGGCGAACUCGAGGCAUUCUCAGAGGCUCUGUCGGCGCCAACAACAAAGCCUGUCACAGCACUGAAUGAUUGGCGUCCCAUACACCAGAAAAUCAAGAAAGCCCGACGGAAACGCGAGCCACGACGUUCGAAGGACGAGACGAGGGAGGGCUUCGUGUAUUCCAUUCUCUACUGGCCACUAUUAUUUGGAGUCCUUGCCUGGAUAGUAUUCUUAUUCGGAGCAUACAACUUGACUCGACUCUAUAUCUAUUUAUAUGAACACCUGUUCGCCUGGAUCGGCCGGCGAGAGACCCUUCGAAAACGGUUGCAACAUGCCAGAGACUACGAUGAGUGGAAGGCUGCUGCCCAAGAGCUGGAUGCGUAUCUUUGCAACGACAAGUGGAGGGAGUCAAGCCUUAUUCCUACUAUAACCAUGCAACAGUCGAACAUUGCUGUGGCCGAGCAGAUAUCUGGUUCAGAUCAGACUAACAGCCUCACUGAGCUGAAAGAUCUGCUUGAGGCUUGCAUCAAGAACAACUUCAUGGGCGUCGAAAAUCCGCGUCUGUACAGUGAAACGUAUUUUGGGACGAAAGACCUGGUUCAGACCUUUUACAAACGAGUGCACCAGGGUCUGACCACGGUCUGCAACGCCGAACACAUCUCCGAUAGGGACAAGGGCAGGUUCUUUCGUCACUUGGAGCUCAACUUUGGGCGGACAGCCCUUUGCCUGAGCGGCGGGGCGACCUUUGCCUACUACCACUUUGGAGUCAUCAAAGCACUGUUGGAGACCCAGCAGCUUCCAGAAAUCAUCACUGGCACUUCUGGAGGAGCGCUCGUCGCGGCGUUGGUAGCUACGCGAACGGAUGAUGAGUUAAAACAACUGCUUGUGCCAGCACUCGCUUACCGCAUUCGAGCCUGCCACGAAGGCAUGACCACAUGGCUGCGUCGAUGGUGGCGCACUGGAGCUCGAUUUGAUAGCCUUGACUGGGCCAAACAAUCUGCGUGGUUCUGCCAUGGAUCACUCACCUUCCGCGAAGCGUAUCAGCGCACGGGCCGAAUUCUGAACGUUUCGUGCGUUCCAUCUGAUCCACAUUCUCCGGUUCUUCUGAACAAUCAUAUCACUUCACCAGACUGCGUGAUCUGGUCAGCGGUACUUGCAUCGGCUGCAGUGCCGGGCAUUCUCAAUCCGAUUGUGCUGAUGAGGAAACAUCCUGACGGCACACUAGGACCUUAUUCGUUCGGCAACAAGUGGAAAGACGGCAGCCUGCGAACCGACAUACCUCUAAAAGCCUUGAACAUACAUUUCAACGUCAACUUCUCGAUUGUGUCUCAGGUCAACCCACACAUCAAUCUGUUCUUCUUCUCACCAAGAGGCUCUCCAGGUCGACCCGUCAGUCACCGCCGAGGCCGUGGCUGGCGUGGCGGCUUUCUCGGCUCUUCGCUCGAGACCGCCAUAAAACUUGAUCUGCAGAAGUACUUGAAGAUACUGAAGCACCUAGAGCUUCUUCCACGGCCACUCGGCUCCGACUGGUCAGAUCUCUGGCUACAGCGAUUCUCUGGUACGAUCACAAUCUGGCCAAAGACGAGACUGAGCGACUUCUGGUAUAUCCUCAGUGAUCCGACUCCAGUACGACUAGAGCGAAUGCUCAAAGCGGGCGAAAGGAGCUGCUGGCCAAGGAUCAAAUUCAUCUCAAACAGAAUGUUGGUAGAGAAUGUCAUUUUGGAGGGCUUGCGAAAGUAUGGCCAAGCGGCUAGUGACCGGCCUGCAACACCCUCCCGGGUACUCGAGCUGCAGAACAAAGAGGCAGAAUUUGAUCAAACAGGCACGGACACGGACGGUGAGCUGCAGCGAGCAGCACGUGAUCGGCCGCCUACAUACUCUGGGCCUAGGCGUCAGAGCAGCAUCAUACAGGAGUUGACGAGGCAGGCGUCUGUACUGUGGGACGAUGAUGGACGAGGGCCAGAGGAAGUGGCGACGACUGAUGAAGAGGGCGGUAACGACGAAGAUCUUCACGAAGCAGUAGAUGAACAGUAG